AAAAAGAAGAAGAAAUCUCCCGUCCCUCUCAUGCACUUGCCUCCUCCCCGCACAACCCAGAAGGAUUGUCAUAAAACCCUUGCUUUCAUUCCUCUCUUAAUCUCUGCCUACUCCAAUGGAAUCCAUGCUGAUGACAAGUUCAGUCUUUCCAGAGACAUACCCACUUCUCAAUAACAUCCCCUCUUCUCCUCUGCCCCCUUCUAUCAAAUUACACAACACCAAGCGGACCGGGUCUCUCAGAUUUGCCCAAAAUCCCCACUUUAUUUCCCUUCGUCUUCCAGCUCUAGCACGUCAUGUUUCAGGUGGUGAUGGUGAUGAUCAGGGGCCGUUAACUAAUGGGUCUGCCUUCUUUUCUGAUGAGACUCUUUCUUUGCCUCAGACAAUAACUGGAUUUAUCAAAUGGCUACUUCGGCUUAGUAGUGAUGGCUUAUCUCAUGUUAUGAAGGAUAACAUAAAUCAAAGUGAAAGUAGUGAAAAGGAUGCGGAGAAAAUACUGAAGGUGGAGACGCCUCUGAUUGUACCCCAUGGAAAUGGAACAGGUGGGGGAGCCAGAGCUGGGCUUUUCAGAACACCAAUUUCUGGUGGAGUGCAGAGUGCAACAUCAGCUCAUGGCUUACCUCGACCAGCAUUAGCAGUCCGCAAUUUGAUGGAGCAGGCUAGAUUUGCUCAUCUGUGCACUGUAAUGUCUCGAAUGCACCAUCGAAGAGAAGGGUAUCCAUUUGGUUCCUUGGUAGAUUUUGCACCAGAUUCAAUGGGCCAUCCUAUUUUUUCAUUUUCACCAUUGGCCAUCCACACAAGGAAUUUGCUAGUAGACCCUAGAUGCACACUAGUUGUGCAGAUCCCGGGGUGGAGUGGCUUAUCAAAUGCAAGGGUAACAAUUUUUGGUGAUGUUUUCCCACUCCCAGAACACCAACAGGAGUGGGCUCAUAAGCAAUACAUUGCAAAACAUCAACAGGGGCCUUCCCAGCAGUGGGGGAAUUUCUACUAUUUCAGGAUGCAAAACAUAAGUGACAUAUAUUUUAUUGGAGGUUUUGGCACUGUCGCUUGGGUUGAUGUCAAGGAAUACGAGGCCCUUCAGCCUGAUAAGAUUGCAGUUGACGGAGGGGAGCAAAAUCUCAAGGAACUUAAUGCAAUUUUCUCAAAACCCCUUAAAGAGCUCCUGUCAUCUGAAACAGAGGUAGAUGAUGCUGCCUUUAUAUCAAUAGACAGUAAAGGAACUGAUAUUCGGGUCCGUCAAGGGGCACAGUUCAACAUACAGAGGCUAUCAUUUGAAGACGGGCACGCUGUUGAAACAUUAGAGGAAGCCAAGGCUGCUCUUUGGAAACUAAUAAAUAAAGGCCAAGUGCACGGUUUGCAGAAAUAAAACUUGGGCUGCUCUUUAUGCGACCUUUCGUGCUUUUUUUAUUGAGCUUGAAGCGAAAUAACCGCAUGAAGCUGAGUUUGUAUCCUAAUUCACAUCAAAAUAACCUCAUUAGUUUUCUUUUCCCCGUUUUCUCCCUCAACUUUCAUGUCCUAAAAACUCCUAGGACUUGUUGUAGGUGGACUGCAGUUUGUACACAGGUCUCGUGAUAAUGCAAAAGUUUUUUUUUUUCUUA